AUGAUUAUCCGUAUGUUAAGCAAUCUUCUUCGCUUCUCCUUUUCAUGGAAUAGAAAAAAGAGGAAAGCCUCUGCUACCGAAUCAGAAGAGGGAACUGAGAAAAUGAAGCAAAUGAAGAAAAAAUUAUGGCAGAGUAAGAAACAAAUUACAAAUAAGGAAUUGCCAACUAUUCCAGACAUAAGCUCAUUUUCUCUUCUAAAGUCAAAUUUGGAUGACGUGAAUUUCUUCGAAGGUUUUGAAUACAAUGUGGUCUCAAAGAAAGAUGGAAAAGAUGGGAAAGCGAUUUUUGCAGUAAAGUUUUCGUCUACAGAAUCAGCAUUGACAGCUUUGAAGGAAUUUAAAGGCGUUUAA